AUGCAGAAUAAUCCUUUACAAGACGAUUUAACAGGAGAUCUGGCGGCCGCAGUGAGAAGAUCAUGGUCUGAAUCUCAAAACACAGCAAGAAGACAAGGAGGCGGUCCUUCGUAUACAGCGGAUCCUGGACAUUCACCGAUAGGUACUCCUGUGCCUGAACCCUUUGAAGACGUUUCUAUUCAUAAAUUCAACUCGACUUACCCUCAAUCGAAUUCGAGUUCUUUAAGUGAAAGUGGGAAUGCCCCACAUUUUAAACAGCCAAAAUUACCAUUGCAGCAACAAAAUCAACCUAUAAUCAUAAAUGAAGCUACAGGGCAUCAUGCUUUUGAUCAGUUUUAUCAUAAUCACCAUACCAAUGGCAACAAUAACACUAAAGAUAAUAAAAAUGGUAAAGAGCCAGAUUAUCAGUUAUUUAAACAUCAUUACUCCAUUUCAGAGGAUCAUCGAGAUUCAGUAGUCGAGAUUUUGAAUGGUUUAGAAUUAGAGUCUCCCGAACCUGAAACAAUGCAACAUAGUGCAUCUCCAAGAUUACCUGAACAACAUCCGAUACAUGGAACUAUACCUCGAGAACAUCGUACAUCUGUAUCGAAACAAUCGACCACAACUAGAAGGGGAUCUAUGCAAGAUGUUCAGUGGGUCAGACAAUUACUGAAUCCAAGAAGUUCGUUCUCUGGUAGAUCUGUAAAUGAGCCACCAGCAAAUGGUAACUCUACCGCCUCCAAUAGUGUUAAAAAUAAUAACACGGGAUCCUGUUCAGGCAGUGUAUCUUAUGAUUUUCCAACAGACAAUAAAUGUUGGGUUACGAUUUUAGCAGAUGAUUCAAUUGAGGCAGUGAAAUCAGUGGUCGUACUUAGUGAAUCUGUACGUCUUUCGGGUUCAAUAUAUCCAUUAUAUGUGGUUCAUGAUAAUCAAAUUAAUAUGUCAAGACUUAAUAAUUACAAUGUUGCAUCUAUCCCUAUAUCAUUAGAACAUUUCAUUAAAACAUCGAAUGAAUCACCUCACAACAAUUGGUUGAUUUUAUCUCUAUUUAUUAACUUAGUGGAUCAUUUCGAUGUUGUCUGUUAUAUAUCUCCAACAUGUAUGUUGGUAGACAAUAUUGAUGAAAUAUUAACCAGUGAUGCCGUUUGCGAUGAGAUAGAUAAUGAAACAUGUGUCCUCUUAACGAAUGACGUCAUUGAUAAUAAGGAGGAACCGCAAUUAAUGAUUUUAAAACCAAAUCAAGAGGUAAGUAUGUGUAUUAAAGAAUAUUUCACAAUGUAUGGAGAUGGGAACGAUAAUAAAUUGGAAAGAUUACAAACAAUGAAUGAUUUCGAUGUAUUGAAGGAACUAUUUCAUGAUACAUGGGGCCACAUCUCUUCUAAUGGAUAUGUUUCUGUGUUACAUGAAGAUAUAUACCUUGCAACUGCAAAUCAAUCGUUUUCAAAAAUAACUGAUUUUAAAUAUCUACAACCUUGGAAUAACAAAAUCACUAAAGAUAAUGGUGAUAGUACGUUGUGUGGAAGAUGGCGUAAGUUAUGGACAGAUUUCUGUCAAAAUGUUACUUAA